UGUCUUUUGACAGUAGUUUGGCGCGUAAAACUCCCCCGUUUCUCAUAUUUUUACCGCCAUCGCUACUGUACUGACCACUUAGUGAAGUGAGGGCAGUCUUUGUUACAGAAAAUUUUCUCUUGAAUUUUUAAAGUAAAAAGCAACUCUUCUACAAAAUGUUCGAAGCACGUCUCGUUAGUAGUGUUACAUUCAAAAAAGUCUUGGAUGCAAUUAAAGAUCUUUUAAAUGAAGCAUCUUUUGAUUGUUCUGAAUCUGGAAUACAAUUACAAGCCAUGGAUAAUUCCCACGUAUCGCUGGUAUCCCUUACACUGAGAUCCGAUGGUUUCGACAAAUAUAGGUGUGAUAGGAACCUCACUAUGGGAAUGAAUUUGGCAAGCAUGUCGAAGAUAUUCAAGUGCUCCAGCAAUGAUGACACAGUAACCAUCAAAGCCCAGGAUGAUGCAGAUACCGUAACAUUCAUGUUUGAAGCAAAGAAACAAGAAAAAAUAUCUGAUUAUGAAAUGAAACUCAUGAACCUUGACCAAGAACACUUGGGAAUACCAGAAACUGAUUUCUCUUGUGUAAUCAAAAUGCCUUCAGGUGAAUUUGCUAGAAUUGUAAGAGAUUUGUCCCAGUUUGGAGAAUCAAUAGUAAUUUCUUGUACCAAGGAAGGUGUUAAGUUCUCUACUUCUGGUGAUAUCGGUAGCGCCAAUGUCAAAAUUGCACAGACCAGCAAUUUUGACAAGGAGGAAGAGAAUGUAACCAUAGAGAUGCAGGAACCCGUGACACUCACCUUUGCAUGUCAGUAUUUGAAUUCGUUCACAAAAGCAACUCCUUUGACAAAUCAAGUGCAGCUGUCGAUGUCUGACAAUGUACCACUUGUUGUGGAGUACCAGAUCCCUGAUUUGGGGCAUUUACGGUUUUAUUUGGCACCUAAGAUUGAGGAAGAUGAGAAUUGAUAGUCUGUAAUUUUUAUUUAUUCAAGUGCCUUGGUUUCUGAGCCAUUUUAGUUUCAACCAUUACUUUAAAAUUUUCCCUAUGUAUAGUAGCUUUAGGUGGAAAAGUUAUUUUCAAAGUGAUCUUUUUGAUACAAUAAACGUUAAAUUUAUAUACAAAA